GGUAUAGGUCAUAGGCUUCCAUUGCCAGGCUGUAUGUGGUUCCUUCUUCGAAGUCUGUCUUAAGAACAGGAUGUGCUAUGUCGUGUGAUUUGGUCCCUUCUUUCCCAGGAAACCAGCUGAUAACCACAUUCCUCCUGACUUGGGGAAGGACAGUGUUUUCUGGUCAGCAAAAAUCCAGGCAGGCUUUCUGGGGGGGGUGGAGGGGUGGGGCCAGUGCUGGACUUGGAAGAACUGGAACCAGCACCAUAAAAAUGAUUACACACUGUCACUCACGGAGUCUUUCUGUCAUGGGACCCGCUUGACUCAUGCCCUGUGCCAGUUUGAGGAAGCAUUGUCUGGUGGCCAUAAGGAAAGGGCAUGGUCAAUGUGAAGGAACCAUGUGCAAAAAUACGAGGACCAGAAGAAGGGGUGUUAAUCACAGCCCGGGUUUGAGGGCUUGACCCUGGAGGCAGGCACGCUGAGGCCGAGUCAGUUGUCCAGACCUGUCAUGCUGAGAGACUAGUUAGAGAAUUCCAGGGUAUGAUCCCGGGAAUGUCAGGAAGAUGAGCUGCCAUCCAGCUUGUGAGACAUUGGCCACUGAUUGAAUGCCAGGCUGAGAAGGAGGAGUCCAAAGAGCAGGCCUGGUGGCAGGUCCUGGGCAGUUGGGCUCACGGAGACAUGGCCAGGAGGAAGGGCUUGUGAUGAUGACAGGGUCUUCGUGGGAAUCCCUGUGGAAGGGAGCCCUGGAAGCGAUCCUUGGACAGGCAGCACCUGGUACCCAGCCAAGAGAUGGGCACCGCAGUCAUGUUGAGUCUGGGAAAUGAGACCCAUCCUAUCAUCUCACCACUGGCAGCACUGGAUUGCCCCAAUGUACAGUUGAAGCUCUUCCUAACCCAGACUUCUGAUCCAAGCUUUGUUCGGUUGGCAAGAGCCGGAGACGUACGCAGAGAUGGACCCCACCACAGCAGCCUUGGAGAAGGAGCACGAGGCAAUCACCAAGGUGAAGUAUGUGGACAAGAUCCAUAUUGGAAACUACGAAAUUGAUGCCUGGUACUUCUCGCCAUUCCCGGAAGACUAUGGGAAGCAGCCAAAGCUGUGGCUCUGCGAGUACUGCCUCAAGUACAUGAAGUAUGAGAAGAGCUACCGCUUCCACCUGGGCCAGUGCCAGUGGCGGCAGCCCCCGGGGAAGGAGAUCUAUCGCAAGAGCAACAUCUCCGUGUACGAGGUGGACGGCAAAGACCACAAGAUUUACUGUCAGAACCUGUGCCUGUUGGCCAAGCUUUUCCUGGACCACAAGACACUGUACUUUGACGUGGAGCCCUUCGUCUUCUACAUCCUGACCGAGGUGGACAGGCAAGGGGCCCACAUUGUCGGCUACUUUUCUAAGGAGAAGGAGUCUCCAGAUGGAAACAACGUGGCCUGCAUCCUGACCCUGCCACCUUACCAGCGCCGCGGCUAUGGGAAGUUCCUUAUCGCGUUCAGUUACGAGCUCUCCAAGCUGGAAAGCACCGUGGGCUCCCCAGAGAAGCCGCUCUCUGACCUGGGCAAACUCAGCUACCGCAGCUACUGGUCAUGGGUCCUGCUGGAGAUUCUGCGUGACUUCCGGGGCACAUUGUCCAUCAAGGACCUCAGCCAGAUGACCAGUAUCACCCAGAACGACAUCAUCAGUACCCUGCAGUCCCUCAAUAUGGUCAAGUACUGGAAGGGCCAGCACGUGAUCUGUGUCACGCCCAAGCUGGUGGAGGAACACCUCAAAAGUGCCCAGUAUAAGAAACCUCCCAUCACAGUGGACUCCGUCUGCCUCAAGUGGGCGCCACCCAAACACAAGCAAGUCAAACUCUCCAAGAAGUGAGCAGCCUGUGCCCUGCCGCGGGCCCUGCGCCUCGGAACCCCUGUAAAUAUGUACAGCCCCGUCCAGGACUUUGUGAAUAAAGUGAAUUCUGCUGGA